CCAGCCACACCCACCCCCAGAAACCGCCAGCGCCCCCUCCCCCGGUCCCGCCAUCCUCCAUGGAAGCAGCGAUGCAACAGCAAGCGAGCCACGAGGCCAGGCUGCUUCUAGAGGGUCGCUCCUCUUCCUCCUCGCUGGAACGGAAAUCGCUAGAAGGAUUGAGGGGUCCGCACGAACUUAUGGCCUCUAAAGACCCACAGAGGGUGCUCCUAGACCCCCACCACCCCACUCACCCCCAUCCCCACGGCCCUCCCCUGCACCCACACCACCACGAGAGCCGGAUAGACACUAGAGGUUUCCACGACCCCCGCGCGGGCCCGCCUCCGAUACAACAGCAAGAGAAGUCGUCGAGAUCUUCGUCGUCAUCCUCCUCCUCUGCCGCCAUGAUGGCUGACGGGAGGCUGCCGCGUGACGUCAUGCCUAUGAUGGAUUCUCGAGCUAUGCAUGCCGGGCCGUCCAUCUCUUCCUCCGUGGUAGUGUCUUCCCCUCAGUCUAUGACGUCAUCAAGCCGUAUGUCUCGGGGCGGACCACCAUCACAACAACAACAACAACAACAGCACCAACAGCAACAGCACCCGCACGGGGGUUUGAACCCCCACCACCCACCGGACGGCCGUAUAAAUGCUCUAGCUAUGACCGACCCACUUCGCGUGAUGUAUGAUGGGCUCCAGUCCGCUUACGCAGCCGUGGUCCCAGGAGGCGGCCCACCCAGCGGCCCCGUCCUAUCUCCGCACGGCUUGCCUCCCAAAUCCCUGGGCACUACGCCCAACAGGGUCAUGACGCCAAUGGGAUUAUCGCCAAACUCGGGGUACCCGGGUUUGAACCCAGCUUCUGGUCAGAAACCCGGGUCCCUCACAUCGUCACGAGGCGGGCCACCCCCACCACACCCACCACCCCCUGACGGACCUCUCACUCCAGGAGGAGGAGGAGGGGGAGCGGGAGGGAUUCCCUCACUCCAUGGUCUACACGACCCGGCCCACGUGGCUUAUCUCGCUGGGAAAUCCUCCAACAACACCCCAGUUGGUUUUCCUCCCGGAGACCCCCACAAAUUGAUGGCGGCUGCCUCAGCCGGUGGCCACUAUCUACCCGCGGACGUGGUCAAAGCGGCGGGUGGCCCGUCUCUUCAUGACCUAAAACAGCUCAACUCUGGCCCCAGCGGCGGACACCCGCACCAGGCUAUGUCCGCGCAGCACAGAGGGGAGUUUUUAAGGGAUCAGUCAUCAGCCUCCUCUUCCGACAUGUCACGUGGAGAAGGAGGGGGAGGAGGAGGAUCGUCAAGUCACUACGGGUUGUCAUCAUCUUCCGCUGGAAUGAGAAACAUGCAGAAUUUGGCGGGAAAGCCCGUCGGUGGUCUUGAUCGCCUCGAUCUCCCACCCGGUGUCCAUCUCUCGCGGUCACACAUGGACGGUCAUCAUCAUCAUCAUCAUCCUAAUCAGCAUCCUCAUCAGCAUCACAUGGACGUGAGGAGAAUGGCCGAGGAGCAGGUGAGGAAAUCUGGAGGAGGAGAAAGAGUAGGAGGAGAAAGAGUAGGAGGUGGGUACCAUAACGUGUCCAGUUACGAGUCUCCACACGCCGGUGGUUUGAGCAUGAGUAAAUCCUCCAGCUACCCACCAGGCGCUCAGGACAUGUACCAUCACCGGCCUCCGGCGCAAGUUCUUUCUGGUUCUUCAUCUUCGUUAACGUCGUCGUCAUCGUCGUCGAUGGCGCCUCAUCACCUGUCUGGCGUCCAUCACGGUAGCCAUCACCCUCACCACCCCCACCACCCCCAGCCUCACGGGUACCCCGUGGACCGCGGGGGGCAGCACGAGCAUCACGUGACCUCCGGUCAGAAGGGCGUGACUGUCAUACGUCCUGUCGGUCACAUGACAGACGAGAAGGGGGCGUGGCGGGAAGGGGGAGGUGGUGGUGGUGUAGGAGCAGGGGCAGGACAUACGGGGGGAUAUCACCAGAACAUGUCAAAAACGGGGCUAAGGCCCAGUGGAUAUGAAGAACAUUCUAGUCGUUCCUCAUCUUCCUCCUCCAAAAGUGGCGGCGGGCUGCUGCCCUCCUCUUCGUCCUCGUCUCAUGUGCACGAACUGGAUACCGGUCACCAUCGCUCCCUGCCCCUGGCUGGUCCGCCCAGAAUGCAGGGGUCAAUCAGCACAGGCCAGCCACGGAUAGUGAGCGAAUCGAGCAGUGGCAAACACAGCACCUAUCCUGACCGGCACAACCCAGGGUCGCUAAGUAGGUAUCAAACCUCGUCACAAAGAGAACAGGGCCCGAACCCGGACCCUGUGAGACAACAGCCUCCCCACGCAGUGCAGGAGGAGAGGCCCCUCCACAGACAGACAGAAAAAUCUCCUAGUCGCUCCGGUGGACAUACACCUCUGGAUUUGACCAAAAUCCCCCACGGACCGCUGGAUCUGACGGUCAAGACAAAGAAACGACCGGCCGAGUCGCCCACAGAGCGGGGAACCCCGGAGUAUGAGCGAAUGCUGUCCGCCGCUAAACGUCAGAAGCUGGAUACCAACAGCAGCAACAGCAACAGCAGUAACAGCAGUUCUCGGUCCAGUGUGGGUCUCGGUGCUGGUAAAGGCGGGAUGUUAGGGGGUCAGGACAAUGCUCACAACCCUAUCUGGAUCUCCUCGCCCUCCCCCCGCGCCCCCGAGACUCACGAACUUAGAUCGCUGGCGUCUCCGGCCUACUCUGGACAUACCUCACCCGCCUCCUCUCUACUCCGCGGGGGACCACAGCAACAGCAAAAACAACAGCAACAGCAGCUGCCGUUCGGCGUGUCAGACGGCGGAAGGGUCAGCACGGACAGUAGUAGGGGCGUGACGAGUGACGGGAGGGUGAGCGUGGAGACACGUGUGAGUGGAGACGGCCGCGCCAGUGUGGAGAGUCGGCUCAGCACAGGACGGGGCACGCCGGUUUCGCCACAUCUACACCCGAGACAUGCCGCUGGUGCUGGUGGGAUGGUGGUGGGUCCGCACCCAUCACAGCACGUGGCAAAGGCGUCCGCUGCUCCAACUUCCUCAGUGAUUCCGGAGAUGGUGAAGAACGCGGCGGGCGGCGCUGGUAAUAACCCCCAGAUGGUGCCGCUCACCACUCAGCUACAGAAAGUGCGAGAAGAACAGGCGUACCAGAUGAGGAUGCAGCGAAUGGCGGGUGGUGAGUCGGCUGUGACGCCACACGGUGAGUCGAAACGCGUGUAUAAAGAUACGGUGAACCCUGCUCUGAUGGAGGUGAAUCCGGCCAACGGGGCAGAGGUGGUUGUGGUGAGGCAUCUACAACAGCAUUAUGACAUACCAUCACAACAACAGCAGCAGCAGCACGCCGCGCUACAGCACCAGCAGAUGAAACAACAGCAACAACAACAACAGCAGCAUCACCACUCGGAGUCUGCCCACAUGUCACAGAUCCACGCGGCACAACACAUGCACGCCAAGAUGGUCGCUGACCAACAAGAAAUUAUUGAACUAGCCAUGAAAGAUUCAAGCGACCCCCUACAAGCAUCUCGAACCCACGCUGCCAGCCACCCUGGGCGAGGUUUCCCUACCCCGACUCUUCUCCAACCUCAACAACAGCAACAGCAGCUGUAUUUACAACAACAACAGCAACAGCAGCAGCAGCAACAACAGCAACAAUCACAGCGUCCAUAUGUUUCUAAGGAACAAGCAAGCCAUCCUCUCACCCAGUACCCCCACCACCAGCACAUGCAAUAUUCCAAGGAUCCAAUUCUCCAGCACCAGAUGGCCUAUACUAAACAACAGGCUGGUGGUGGCCAUCUCGGAUCCCAGUCCCACUACCCUUCUUCCGGCGCGCCCUACCCAGCUUCCAAGAGAAAAGAGGAGCUAGAACGCUUCUACCAGAAGCAGCAGCAUCAGCAGCAACAGCACAGGAAGAAGGUGGAGCACGACAUGUACAAACAGAAUGUCCCUUCCAUGUCUGUCAUGACGUCACCCACACAGAAAUGGGGCACCUCUUCGUCUGCUCAACAGCAAAGAGGCUCCCUCAAACCUUCCCCUCACUUCCCUUCCUCCUCCUCCCACCAGGCUUCCUAUUCCUCCUCUAGCGGGGUGUAUAAAUAUGGCGUAGGCGGCCCGUCGGGGUAUAAUCCCAAAGCGCCGGCACAGACAUUGCCAAACGCCGCCGGUGCCGGUGUCGUCGAUCCUUCUUCUUCCUUCAACAAGUAUAGUGGCCACCAUCUCAAGCCUGAACGGAGGUCCUCUGAUGUUAUCAAGUCCACACUGCCGCAGAUUGCAGGUCCCCUCCCAGCAGGUGGGGUGAGGGAGGAGAGUAGAAGGGCUCUGUCUCGCCGGGUCAGCUGUUCCGCGGGUUCCUCUGGUUACGGUGCCAGCGACGUCAUGAUGUCCUCUAAACAUCCCCCCGAAGGUUCCAGCAGAAAAGACAGCUCUUCCAGCAUGCCGGACAGGCCGCUGAAGAUUGACACGACGGAACCGUUAUCUAGUCAUGUGUCCAAGUCAAUGACGUCAUCGCUGAACGAGAAGCCUUCUCCAGGCUCGAGUAAUGACGUAAUUAUUAUAAAGACUGAGGAAGCCAAAGUGUUGGAGCCUAUUUCAUCGAUAGCCACGACUUCCUCCUCUUCCAAUCAAGGCCACGCCCCCUCUUUGUCGUUGAUCGGCGGGCAGAGCAAAAAAGGGGAGGAGAGCAACAGUUCUUUAUUGAAAGAGUCCCAGUCGAUGCAGCCACCCUCUACCCAGUUCGCCACGCCCCUUUCCGUCACCAUCCCUCAAUCACCGAGCCCCAUCACCUCGUCGACCCCGCCCCCUCCCUCUCGACCCGCCGUCCCCCACAAGGCCUGGUCGCGCAAACAAAUGAUCCUGAACGCUGUCAAUCAGGACGAGACUCUCAAAAGAAUCAUCAGCAACACGGGGAGCAAACACGAGUCUGGCGGGAUCUCCUCGGAGUGUAAGAACCGGAUCCUAGCCAGCAGUACGGGGAGCCCCGUGCCUACGUCACCAAAGAUGCCGAUUCUGAGUCCUCAGGAUGACGAGAACGAGGCUGGUGUGGAGGAGAGGGGCGUGCAAGGGGCACAGGCGAAUGACGACGACCCUCCAACGCUAGAUCCGAUAAAAGGGCGACAGAGCAAGCCUAGCGGUGUAGGGCGAAGUUUUCCCAUGGGGGGCAGUAGCCAAUCGCAGAGCUCGUCGUCGUCCUCGUCAUCGUCAGCGUCGAUGGGGGGCGUGGCCAGUUCUUCCUCUGUCCCCGCCCACCAGCAACAGGGGGGAGGAGGGUUUCCCGCGGGCCCCACCUCCGACAGCCCCAUGGUGAAAGAAGCGUACAAGAACAACAACAACAAUAGUCAUGAGGUGGUCAACAACAACAGCAACGGAAACAGCAGCAACGGCAACAGCAGCGGCAGCAGCAGCAACAAUAGUAACAACAGCAGCAGCAGCAGCAGCGUUGUUGUCGCAACGACGGGCUCAGGCGGGAGUGGCGCAGGGAUGUUUUCAGGGAGUACAGGUGGGAGCGCAGGUGCUGGGGUUCCAAACCCAGUUGAGGCCGCCGCCACAACAGCGGGAGCUAAAAAAUCCGAAGACGUCCCUGAUAACUCAAUAGUGGUCCGCAGGUGUAGUAUAGGUACCGCCGCCUUACCCGACCACCAACAACAGCAACAACAACAGCAGCAGCAGCAACAACAAGACGAGGGGCCAAAGACGCCACAGUCCAGCGUGUCCUUUCACCGCGCCGAAGUGAUCAGAAGAAAUUCUCUGACGGGCCACACGUUGGGGUGGGGCCACAUGAAGAACAUCCCCAUCGCCAACGUGGCGCCUUUCGUUCACUCCAGAGUGGACAACGAAAAAUCAAAACAGAAAGUGGAAGAUCAAAUCCAGCAGUCACAAUCUCAGGUGACCACCAGCCCGUCCGCACAAGGUCAGGCGCUGGGCACGCAAAACUCGGACAUCCACCAACCGCCCAAAGACUCGAAAAUCAAAUCUAGUCUGCAGUCGGAGGAAGAGGAUCUCAAAGAAAAAGCGGAGGGGAUAGAGGUGAAGGUUGAAGGAGGGUUGAAGAAGAAAGAGGAAGAGGCUUCUUCGUCUAGUAAGAAAGUCUUGUCUCCCAAAAAGAAGAAAUUAGCCAAACUACGGGUGUCCAGUCCGACAAAGAUGAAAGAGUUGGAUCUGAUCCCGCCGAGCAUAGAGUACAGGGUGCUUAAGUCGGCUGAGUUGGAUGAUCUCAAAGCGCUGGAGAAGCUGAACCAGCAUCCGAUCGUGAAGAAGACGAUCGAAAAUCGGAUGAAGUACAAGCAGAAGCUGUCGAAAGAGAAAAGUGUGACCAAAUCGAAGCGAGUCGUAAAGAAGAGGAUAAAGUACGUGUUUGACGAUGAUGAAGACGAGGACGAUGAAGAGGACGACGACGACGACGAGGAUAACACAAUGGAUGAGGACGAGGAGGAUUCGGAUAUGUAUGACGUCGACGGCAAGUCCGGGAAAGAGGCGGGUCGGUGCGACGCCGAGGCAAAGGCCAGAGACCGAGAGGAACGAGCAUUGAGG